AUGUCUUCCGAUUCUUCAAGCACACCCAAUCUUCCCAAUGAUUUUCCAUCGACAAGACCUCCUCAAACCAUUGUUCGGAAGAAAGUAGUGAUGGUUAGAAAGGCCACCUCAGCUCAUUCCCACUCAACUGUGGCUUCCUCCAAUAGUCAUGAAAACACAACCUCUUCAAUGACAACUGACACCCCACAGAACAAUGACCGUAGCACGAAUCCUUUGUGUCACACUCAAAAUAAUUUUGCUUCCAACAUCAACAACAGCACAAGUAUUACCGACCAACAACAGAUGAACGAAGAGAAUGAGAACCUUUACGAACAACAACAACAAAAAACAAAAGACCUCUCACUCUUCACUUCAACUGUUAUUGACAAUAAUAUUGAAAUAACUGGCAACAAUAAUAGCAGCAGUGAAAGCAACAAUACGCACAGUAACAUUAUCAAACGUAUUAUUGAAAACAAAUCAAAAUCUCCCAUCAUCAUUUCUGUGGACAGUCCAACAAGUGUCAGCAGUCAAAAUCAGAUCCACACCUCUCCUACAACAACAACAAUUACUUCCAUUUCACCUACUGUCGGGUCUCCAAAUUUGAUCAAUUCUUCUCUCUCAGAAGUCAUUCCAAGUGCCAUGCGUGCCCGAUCGAAUGGACGAACAGUUGCCACUCAAGCCACUGAAAAAGAUUUCGAUUCGACACUGAAUGAAUGUGAAAAGUUGAAAUCGACUCGAAAAUUUGGAGAUUUGGAACGUGUGUGUCGAGACUUUUUGAAUCGAUUCUUUUCAAGUGAGUCGAAAAUGGCUCAAAUUUAUGUGUAUUUGGCGUGUGCAUUGCGAGAAGGUUUACUUUUUCGAGAUGCUUUGAAAUGUUUUGAUGAAGCUCUUGUAUUGGAUUCGUCAUUGUCUGAAAAGUCAACAUUUUUACGUGAUUAUGGUCAUACGUUGGUGUGUGACGAACAGUACGAACGAGCGAAUCAAUAUUUCGAAAAGUCAUUGCAAGCGCUCGAAAAGGAAUCCAAUUCGAAUGAUAUGGCUGAUCGAGGUGAAUUGAAAAGUGCCAUGUUUUUAUGCACCAUUCUUGGAGAUCAAACCAAUUUGCAAGAUGUGAAUUUACAAUCGUAUUUAUCGAGCUUGGACACGAAUCAUGCACUCACUCAUUAUGCGAUUGGACUUUACUAUGAAAGGAAAUGUGACUACCAAAAUGCAAUUCAAUAUUACAAAUCAUCACAAAUUAAGGAACCUUCCUUUGAUUGUGCCUAUGAACGAGUUGGAAUGUGUCACUUAAAAUUGGGAGUUUUAGAAAGAGCCAAGUCGAGUUUGGAUUUGGCAUGUACAUUGAAUCGACAAAAUUUCAGGGCCUUGUUUGAAUUGGCAAAAUUGCAUUUGCGAUGUGGAUCGACCGCUAACUGUAAAAUUAAAUUGAAAUGUAUCAUAGAGAGAGCAUCCACGCUAGUAGAGUCAUCCAGUGAUCGAUUAAGAUUGUAUCAAUAUCUUGCAGAAUCCUAUUAUUUACUUGCCAUUAUCAAGUAUUCAAGUGAAAGUGAAGAUUCAGAAAAAUCAGAAACUCUCUUCAAUGAAGCGAUUCGAUAUUUCCAACGAUAUCAUGAAUUGGUACAAGAAUUUCCAAAUAUUCUUGCAAAUUAUUCAACAGAAAAUUACUACAACACUCUUGGAUUGUGUCACAUGUAUGCCGAUCAUGUUCAAGAAGCUGGCGAAUGUUUUGCAAAAGCCAUCGAAUUGGAACCUAGCUCUCCAUAUGGAUAUUAUAAUUUGGGAGUGUUAUUUGAAAUGAGCGAAUUGUACGAUGAUGCAUUGCAGAGUUUUUCACAAGCUCUCAAAUUGGCACCUACCGAUACUGAUUGUGUAUUUGCAGUGAAGAGAGUGACGCGAAAAAAGAAGAAUGCCAUAUUCACAAAUUAUGGAUUAAUUGGAACAGAAAUUAUAAAUAAUUAA